AUGAGCUCGAAGGAUGCUGCCUCUACGGACGAGGUCCCUACCGGUACGGCCGAGGAAGCCAAGCCAGAAGCCAAGCCAGACGAGAAGGCUUCGAUUAGCAAGCCUCCUUCGUCUCAAACAUCGCUCCAAGAGGAUGACGACGAAGAAGAAGACGACGAAGAUGAAAUGGACGUCAGUGGCGACGAUGCCCAGCAAUUGUCGGCCAGUCAGUUGAAAAAGCGCUGCCGCAAACGGUGUGGCAAGUGCGAGGCAUGCCGUCGUCAAGAUUGCGGCGUCUGUCACGAAUGCAUUCGCAAGAAAAAAUUUGGAGGCACCGGCGCCAGCAAACAAGCGUGUAUUCAUCGACGGUGUCUCGUGCUGAAGGAACUCAAACAAGAUCGCAAACGCAGUCGCGCCGCUGGACUCCCCGUGUCGAACACGGAAUGGGAUGAACUCCUCUUGGCGCCAGCCCCAAAGAAAAAGAGACGACGAUCGGGGAAUACAUCGUCUGCAUCCCAACCCGAUGGCGUCCCGUCGUCGAGUAGUGUCGUUGGUUGUUUGGAAAAAGAUCCCAUGGUGACCAAACUCGAAGAGGCAUUUCCUCUUCCACCACCUUCCAUGUUGGCCAUGAAUCAUGUCAAUCCCACGCCAAAAAAGAAAGAGACACCCAGCGCGGCCACGGCUCAUUUGCAGGAUUACAAGUACGGGCAAAAGUGUCCGUUGCCCGCCAAGGAUAUUUGUGCCGGCUGUCGUUGCGAAAAACCACCCAGUGGAGGAGACGAGGAGCCCAUUAUUCUUUUGUGUGAUGGACCCGGUUGUGACACCGAAUGGCAUUUGGAGUGCUGCUUGCCACCCAUUGCCGAAGUGCCCAAUGGAUCCUAUUUUUGCAUCGACUGCGACCCCAAUGGAUCGUCGACUCUCAUUGACCAGUAUUUUGAUCGCAUGGAAGAACGACGGGCCAAAGCCAUGGAAGAGAAGGAUGGAAAAGAUCCAAGUGCCUUUUUGCACAUGCUCUGGGGCGAAGAUCUUGAAGACAAUCAAGAAAAUUGGAAUCCAGACGAAUACAUCCCCGCCAAAGAUGGGCGCGUGCCGCAGUCGGAAUUGUCGCGGUUGUUGGAUGUGCAGCAGCAUUUGGUGGGAGACGACAACGGCAAGUGGGCGCCCAACAAGCCCUGUACGUUUGAUGAAUUGGCGGGGCUGUUUGUGGGCAAACCAGUGCGUUUGUAUUGUCCGCUCGAUGACAAUUAUCACAGUGGAAGGAUUGUCGAUUAUCGACGAGUCCCUCCCAAUCUGCAUCACAUUCACCCCAGCAAGAAAUCGGCCAAAUCAUCCAAGGCAGCGGCAUUUCUACCCAAUGACGAUUUUUUUGCUUCGCAAGUCGAAUUUCUGGUGCGAUUCAAUCCGGGGUCGGGGGACGAAUAUCGCAAAAAGCUCAUUUACAAGUGGUUGCGAUUGGAAGAACAUUCCCUGGCCGUCGGAACGCAUCUCAUUUGGGGACGAUUUCAUCAUCCAGGGGCAACUUCUUCGGGAGAUCCUCCCGCAAGUCCCAAAAAGGGUCCCGGCGUCGCGGCCCAAUCGGGCCCGCAAGCGUCGUGGCAACAGGCGUGCGUCUUUCUUCGGACCAGUCGAGAACUCAUGCCCGUAUUGCAUUUGCUCCAGGAAAAGCUGGGAGAAGUCAACUAUCAUCCAGCUUCACUCAUGGGCAGCAAGAGUAGCAAAAAGAAGGAUUCAUCGGGUUCCUAUGCCAUUCCCAAGACACCCAAGAAAACACCUGCCUUUUGUUUGGCCAAACGGUUUGGAGUCACGCAACCCAUGGCGCAAUCCAUUGAGAAUCCAGCACUCAGCGGAGAGUCCUACAAAAUGCUACACGUGACGGAUCAAAUACGCGAUCUGUAUUCCCGAAAACCCAGCAACAGUCAUAUCGAGCAACUCAAGCACAGUUUGGCAUGUGUGGAACACGACGAACAACAAGCAGCGCAACGAUGGUGGCAAAUGAGACGACGCAAACUGGGUUAUUCCGCUCCCAACGCCAUGAGAAUGAGUGAUGAGCACGCGGUGGGGCCCGUCUUGUAUAAGAGCGUCCCCGAAGAGAAACCCACCGUGCACGAAAAAGAGUUGUGUCCAUUGGUCCGACCCCCUGGUUUGGAUCGAGGGCAUUUGAUGGAACGACUGGUGCGCUGUGGUAUGCUAGACGAGGCAACAAAGGAUACAGCGGCAGGAUUGGAGUGUUGGUUGGUGCCAGAAUAA